CUAGGGUCAACGUCUGGUACGACUAAUGAACAAAAUCAGAAUUCUUAUACUAUUUUGAAUAGAGGUCCAAAGGUAAAUAAAACAGGCAACAUAACCAUUAGCCAAAUGCGAUCAGAAUACGUCCCACUAAAAUUAAUUUCACGUUGCAAGUUCUGUCGAGCUAAGAAAUUUCAGUUUGAACCUCCUGGAUUUUGUUGUAGCAAUGGUUCAGUCAGCUUAACUGCACACAAAAUGCCCACAGAAUUGCGGAAUUUAUAUGUAGGAAAUACUGAGGAAUCUAAACGCUUUCGCACAUACAUUAGAACAUACAAUAAUAUCUUUGCAUUUACAUCACUUGGUGUGAGCUACGACAAAGAUUUAGCGAGAAGAAAUCAUGGUAUUUAUACUUUUAGAGUUCAAGGACAAAUGUAUCAUUUCAUAGAUGAUCUAUUCCCUGCGAACCAAAAGGCAAAAAAUCUGCAAUUAUACUUCUAUGACAAUGAUAAUGAACUAGCAAACAGAAUGGCUUGUUCCGAUAGGAUUGAUGAAAGUAUAGUCGGAAAUUUGAUGGAGUUGCUGAGAAAUAAUCCCUAUUCUAUUUUUUUAAGAUCGUUGACUAAUGUUCCAAACCUGCCAAACUUCUAUAUUGCGCUUAAAUGUGAUGCAAGCUUGGAUCAACGAAUAUAUAACCUCCCUACUGCAUCAGAAGUUGCUGCAAUAUGGGUUGAAGAAAAUAGUAAUAAUGUUAUUCGAGCACCUCAUAUUCGAAUUUACACUAAUAGUAAUAGGUCACAAUUAGUAAAUUAUUAUUAUGGUUGUUAUGAUCCUUUACAGUAUCCAUUAUUAUUUCCAUAUGGUCAAGGGGGAUGGCAUUGUGGAAUUAAAAAAAUUAUGCCUGCAACUAGAACUCAUGGACAAACUAUUUCUUGUGAAAAUGAAGACUUACCAAAUAUUAGGAAUAUGUGUUCAAUUGAUGGAUAUCUUGAAAUGGAAGAGCAUGUCCUACAACGGAAAAAACGAAAAAGAGACAAUGUUUCAAUUCGUGAGUAUUAUUGUUAUAAACUUCAAAUGAGAAAUGACGAUGAAGAUGAUGUUUUACACACAGGAAGAUUAUUUCAGCAAUAUUCUGUAGAUGAAUAUAUAAAACUUGAAACACAAAGAUUAGACUUUACCUCAUUUAAUCCAGAUUUGUUCAGAGUCGAUAUGUUACAGGGAAUUGUCGAUGCUUUGAGAUUUGGUGAGAGGGAAGCUGCUAACAUUGGAAGACAAAAUUUCCUCCCUGUUACAUUUAUAGGUGGACCAAGGGAUAUGCGUCGACGAUAUAUGGACGCUAUAGCAUUAGUGCAACGAUUUGGAAAACCUGAUAUAUUUUUAACUAUGACAUGCAACCCAUCCUGGCCAGAAAUAAAAGAACAUUUACUAUCAACUGAUGAAGUUCAAAAUAGACCCGACUUAAUUAGUAGAGUAUUUAGAGCCAAAGUAGAAGAAUUGAAAAAGGACAUAGUGAAACGAAGCAUAUUUGGAAAAGUUGCUGCUUUUAUGUAUACCAUGGAAUUUCAAAAGCGAGGUCUUCCGCAUGCUCAUUUUCUAAUCAUAUUGACUGACAAAUAUAAAUUGCUAACACCUGACUCUUACGAUAAUAUCAUCAGUGUUGAAAUACCCAAUGAAGAUACAGAACCAAAUCUUUAUUCACUUGUUCUUCAACACAUGAUGCAUGGUCCAUGUGGAGAACUAAAUCCUACUAAUUCAUGCAUGAAAAGAAACGAUUGCUGUAAAUUUGAAUAUCCAAAAGAGUACUCUGAUCAAACGUCGAAGGGAAAAAACUCAUACCCAGUUUAUAGGAGAAGAAAUACGGGAGAAAAGGUAAAAGUCAGAGGAUACUUUUUAGACAACUCUUGGGUUGUUCCCUAUAAUCCCUAUUUACUUGGUAAGUUCAAUUGUCACAUGAAUGUUGAAAUAUGUUCAGAUAUCAAAUUCGUCAAGUAUCUCUACAAAUAUAUUUGUAAAGGGCAUGACAAAAUUGCAUUUUCUGUACACAAUGACACAACUAUAGAAAUAGAUGAAAUAAAAGAAUAUCGAUCAGCUAGAUGGGUGUCACCUCCUGAAGCUAUGUGGCGUUUAUUUGGUUUCUCUAUAAGUGAAAUGAAUCCAAGUGUUUACCAUCUUCAGUUACAUCUUGAUGGACAACAAUUUGUUUCUUUUAAAAGCACUGCAAAUAUAGACACAGUGGUAAACAACCCAAUGAUUAGAAAAACGAUGCUAACUGAAUUUUUCUAUAUGAAUGAAACAAAUGAUGAUGCUAUUGAGCUUAACUUGCUAUACAAAGAAUUCCCAGAACACUUUGUGUGGUCAGUAAGUGACAAAAUGUGGAGUCGUCGCAAGCUACAAUGUACUAUUGGACGUGUGGUAAUAUGUCACCCUACUGAAGGAGAAAGAUAUUAUUUUAGAUUAUUAUUAAUGAAUAUAUGAGGUCCAAAAUCAUAUGAAGAUAUACGAACAGUGAACGGAGUAUGUUGUGAUACAUUUAGAGAGGCCGC